AUGGUUCUCUACGUCGAGGGAGAUGUUGUCGAGUACCGUCCUUUCGGUGGCGAGGUCAAGACCGGAAAGAUCGACAAGAUCGAGGUCAAGACUGGCGGACACGUCGACAUCAAGUACCACAUCAACGGCGAGACCUUCAUCUCGACCCAGAUCAUUGGCAAGACCAAGCAGUAA